AUGGCGGCGCCACCGUCGCGGCGGGUUCCCGGAGGAUCGCGGGCCUUCCUGGGGGUUUCCGGCGGAUCCCGGCGCCCCGAUGGGGCCCGGCGGCCUCACGGUGCUGCUGGCGGUGCUGAGCGCGGUGCCGGGCGGGCUGCGGUGAGCGGGGACCGGGGGAGACCGGCGGGUGGGAGCGGCGGGCCCGGUGCGGGGCCCUCACGGCAGCUCCUCUGUGCCCACAGCCCGGCGGCGGCGGCGGCGGCGAGCGAGGAGCGGCCUGCGAGCCCCGCGGUGGCCACGCCGUGCUGGCGGGUGGAGCAGUUCGUGGUUGCCCAGGAGUGCUCGCGGUGCUCCGGGUUCCAGAUGAAAACGAUCCCGGCCUGCGGCCCCACCGGCUUCAUCGAGAAGAUCAACUGCGCCUCGUCCCACCGGGAUGAGUACAAGAGCUGCCGCUCGGCCGCGCUGGAGGCUCAGCGGUUCUGGCACUUCGUGGGCUCCGCUCUGGGGGUGGCGGCGGCGGCUGCGGCGCUCGUGGUGCUGCGGCAGCGGGUGCUGGACCGGCGGGCGCUGGAGAAGGUCCGCAAACAGAUCGAGUCCAUUUAGCCAGAGGCUCCCGAGGGGUUGGAGCCGGGAAUUCCGCUCGCCCGGGGCGGCGGGAGGAGGAGCAGCCUCUGCCUUGCUGCCCAGACUUGGAAUCCUGCUGGGAUCUGCCUUGGGAGAGCAUCCGAGGGAUCCCCCGGAGCGGGAUGUGGAAUAAAUCCUGGUCACUGCUCCCGGAGUGACGCAGUGUUCCUCCCUUGGGGGGAAUCCCUAUCCCCCCCAGCACUGGGAUCUGCUCUGGGAUCAUCCUGGGCAUCCCCAGGGCCCCGCUCCAGAUGUGGGAUGAGAGGGAUGUGGAAUAAAUCCUGGUCAUCGUUCCUGGA